UCUGGCAUUCCAAAAAAAGAGAAACCGACAAAAAAAAAAAGCGAGGAGAGAGUCAAAGCUCGAAGGUCGAAGCUGAGGGCCAUGGCUCGUGGGCAGCAGAAGAUUCAGUCCCAGCAAAAGAACGCCAAAAAGGCAGCGGAGAAGAAGAAAUCUCAGGGCGCUGACCAGAAAACUGCAGCCAAGGCCGCUCUGGUCCACACCUGCCCUGUCUGCCGGACUCAGAUGCCUGACCCCAAGACUUUUAAGCAGCACUUUGAGAGUAAACACCCCAAGUCCCCCAUGCCCCCUGAGCUGGCAGACGUUCAGGCAUAAACGACUGCCAACUGGACUGGAGCUGAACCUGAACCUGGAUACGCUAUGACCAUGGAUUAAAAGUUGAAUUGCGGCGCCUGAAGGAUGUUGAUGACGAACACUUGGACCCAUCAGUAUUCAUGGACAACGGGUUGGGAUGGAGGGAGGGGAUGGAUGUGUGUAUGUGCUGUGUACGUACAUGUGCGUUUGCGUAAGAGAAAACGGUAAUGAUGGGGCAGUAGUACACCAGCAGCCCAUUUUUUAUAUUUAUUGUGUACAACUACCUUGCUAUUCCAGAUUGGGGGGGCAGAAAGCAGAACCAGCAAGAUUGCCUUCUAACACUGAAUAAAAAUAAUCUUGUGACUAAUGAUGGGGAGGGUUGACAAGUCUGAAAAAUGUACAAUGAGAAGUGAAAAAAAACAACAAAACUUUUGAAUGUGUGACUAGCUAACAGCUGGUUGUGCUUAGUUAAACACUGUGUCGUCCAGAGGCACAUUCAAAGCCCACACUAUAGAUUUCAUCACUCAUCCUCAGUGGACAUGGCCCUGCUGUUGGGUUAAAAUUUUUGAACUCAAAUCAUUUUAGUUUCCUUUUGCAUGAGUAGAGGGUAUUCACAUGAUGUCGCCAUCCAUGCGUACCCUCCAAAGAAGAUAAAUAUGAGUUUCAUGACCAUUGGCCUCUUAAAAUGAAUAAAAUUCCAGUGUGUAAUUGCAGAAUUUAUGGGUGUUGUUGUUGAAAUGCAGGAUAUUAGUUACUCAAACUAUUUUUGAAGAUUCAUAGUUAUUGUCCAAUAAGAGCGACAGACUCUAACAGCUUUGCCUCCUCUGUGCUGCUGCUCCACGGGUGUCCUAACUCAGUAACACCUUACAACAGUACCUCACGUUAGACCACACAGCAAGUUUCAUAGUAUGUUCUUUUUUUCCCCAAAAAAAUUCUCGUACUUCUCAUUUUAAUGUCAUCCUCCUCCGGCACGCUUCCCUGAAUAAUCUUGGCAAUAAACACCAUCUUUGUCCCACUUCAGUAAAACCAGGACAAGAAUUGUUUUGGAAACCAAGUGCUAAUUUUGUCCUUAAACCUCUGUAAAAAACACACAAACAGUUCUGUGCCCAUUGAUGCUUUCAGCUAUAGUUUGAAUGUUCGAAAGAAUUAUAAGUAGCCCCAAGGACUGAAAAUUUAGAUUUAAUUCAAUAACUGCCAAAAUGAUUAUUCACUGUUCUUUUGGUUCUUCAUAUGUUCACUAGUAGGCAAAAACUUCAUGAAUUUGCUUUCACUGUAUUUUUUUUUUU